AUGGCCAGUGAUUUCCACCUGCGCUACAAGGUAGAGCUCAAGGGCAAAUUUGGACAUGAGUUUCUGGACAGAAAGCUUAGGUAUGCCAACAACAGUAGUUACAGAAAUGGUGUCAUGACCAGAAAGGAGGCUUACGUGCACAAGAAUAUAAUGGAGGAACUGAAGAGAAUUAUUGAUGAUAGUGAAAUUACAGAAGAUGAUGCUUUGUGGCCUCCCUCUGACAAAGUUGGCCAACAGGAGCUAAAAACUGUAAUUGGAGAAGAACACAUUUCUUUUACUCCAUCUAAAACAGGUUCCCUUACUGAUGUAAAUCAGUCCAAGAGUCCUGAAGGCCUUCAAGUAUUUUACUAUUUGGGGGUCCCUGGUUUCAGCACAGAGGUCAAGGAGCAGCGAGCGGUUAAGUUGACAUCUCCCAACGUCCAGUUCGGAAGACCCACGCCUACAGGUUACCAAAGCCCAGGAAGAAGCCACGCCUAG